CAAACUGCCAGUCCCUUUAAAAACAUUUGCGUUUACUUUUCAAUUUCUAUUCUCCUCUCAUAGCAAUGCGUGAAAACUCCAAAUAAACACAUCAUACAAUACACUCACUCAAACAUGGCCUCCAUAAAAGCCCUCCGUUCCCUCACCACCUCCACCCGACCAUCUCUCCUCAAACCAAUAUCCAAAACCCUCUCCCUCACAACCCACCGCCAUGCCUCCUUCAAAAAACACCCCAAGAAUUUCGAACCACCUACCCCCUCCGACCUCCAAGAACUCCGCGAUCGCGUUCAAGAAUUCACCCGCCGAGAAAUAACCCCCGAACUCGCCUCUAACACCGACAAAUCCAACACCUUCCCUCACCACAUGUGGGAGAAACUCGGGUCCGCAGGUCUCCUAGGAAUCACCGUCGAUGAAGAAGUCGGGGGUCUAGCCAUGGGAUACCAAGCCCAUUGCAUAGUAAUGGAAGAGAUCUCGCGCGCGAGUGGUAGUAUAGGAUUGAGUUACGCGGCGCAUUCACAACUAUGUGUUAACCAAUUGCAACUCAAUGGUUCAUCAACGCAGAAACAGAAGUUCUUGCCGGAUUUGAUUGCUGGGACGAAGGUUGGGGCUUUGGCGAUGAGUGAGAGUGGUGCGGGGAGUGACAUUGUGUCUAUGCGGACGACGGCAAAGGAGGUUGAUGGGGGGUAUUUGGUUAAUGGGACCAAGAUGUGGAUUACGAAUGGACCCGAUGCCGAUGUGAUUGUUGUCUAUGCCAAAACGAAGCCGGACGCUGGCAGCAAGGGAAUUACUGCUUUCCUUGUUGAAAAGCAGUUUGAGGGUUUUAGUUGUGCAAGGAAACUUGAUAAGAUGGGCAUGCGGGGGAGUAACACAGGCGAAUUGGUUUUUGAUAAUGUUUUCGUUCCGAAAGAAAACAUUCUUGGCGAGCUGAAUCGUGGAGUCACAGUGCUGAUGGAGGGUCUUGAUAUUGAACGACUUGUGCUUUCGGCUGGACCUUUAGGAAUCAUGCAAGCAUGUCUCGACGUCGCCCUGCCUUUUACCCAUCAAAGGAAACAAUUCGGUAUUCCUAUCGCUCAUAACCAAUUAAUUCAAGGGAAGUUAGCAGAUAUGUACACGAAGCUCCAAGCCUCCCGAGCUUACACAUACGAGACUGCAAGAAAAGUUGAUGAGAUAGGCGAAAUCAAAACACAAGAUUGUGCAGGCGCAAUUCUGUAUGCAGCCGAGAGGGCGACGGAGUGUACAUUAGACUGUAUACAGUUACUCGGAGGCAUGGGAUACGUAGAGGAAAUGCCUGCUUCUCGAUUGCUGAGAGAGUAAGUUUCCUCCUCCCAUCUACUCUUGAAGUGAGGACCGUGACUAAUCCUGAUUAGCGCGAAGUUAUACGAGAUUGGGGCGGGAACAAGCGAGGUGCGAAGAAUGGUCCUGGGAAGAGUGAGUUUCCCCUUCAGCGUGAUAACGUCAUGAUAUUUCUUGUUCCUGGCUAACUUGAUUAGGCCUUCAAUAAGGAAUAUGCUAGUUAUGCUUCGUGAAAUCAUCCUGGAUACGGGUUGACUAGUCUCGAAACUGGCGCCGAUUUCGCGAAGUUAAACGGGGGGAAAUUCUAGUCUUACGAAACUACAUUCUCAAAUUACAAUUAAGAGAAUCAUUCGAAAAAAAAACCAAAUGGUUAGUCUUAUUCUCAGCAAAUAUACUUUAUAGAUGGCGGUAUAUGAGG